AUGGAGUGCAUGAAAGAUGACUUUCACAAGGAUCAGCUUCUAGAUCACCGCUUCAGAACCAUCGCUCCCCUCAAUCAUGGUUCCUUUGGCAUGGUCUUCCUGGCCGAGGACACCUUGACGGGGCAAAAUGUGGCCAUCAAAUGUUUGACCAAGCCUUCUGUUGCCGCCAAGUCCGCACAGGUCCCAACCACGGAUGAAGGUACAGAAGAGCUUGCGUGCCAUGCGAUUCUGAAGCACCACGACCACCUGGUGAACCUUGUUCAUCACUUUGAGACCGACGCUCACACUUACCUGGUCCUGGAAUACUGCUCUCAAGGUGACCUGUAUGAGGCGAUCCGCCUCAAUCGUGGUCCUCUCCAGACCGAGCAUGUGCGACGUUUUAUGCUGCAGCUGAUCGGAGCCGUGCAACACAUGCAUGCUAACGGCCUCUUUCACCGAGACAUCAAGCCAGAGAACAUCUUCCUGACCCAAGAUGGUUCGGUCAAACUUGGGGAUUUCGGCUUGGCUACCAAGAGUCUCUGGUCUUACGAGGCUUGCGUUGGAAGCGACCGGUACAUGGCUCCAGAACAGUACGAUCCUGCUGCCACGGGCUACUCGCCGGCCAAGGCAGACAUCUGGUCCAUCGGCAUCUGCUUGCUCAAUGUUCUUUUUGCCAGGAAUCCGUUUGUUACACCUACGGAAUCGGACGUUCUCUUUGCCGACUAUCGUCGAGACCGUCAGUCUCUGUUCGACAUCUUCCCCAGCAUGUCGCAGGAUACCUUUGAGAUCUUAUCUGUGGCCAUGGCUUUGGAUCCUGCCAAACGGGACCUGGGAGCUGUAAAGCAAGCUGUUCUCCGUGCUAUUGCCUUUACCACUGAGGACGAAUCCUUCGACGACUUUUUCUGUUCCGAGGAGCGUGAUGUUGUUCGGGCCAGUGCCAAUCGCGAGCCAUUGCGGACCCCGUCAAUUCAAAGCCCCCAGAUGGAUGGCGAUUCCUUCCCUUGGGCCAAGGCGCUGCAUACCAGUCCUCUCAAGCAGCAGCUGGACUCUAUUCCCGACCUGUACGAGGAAGAUCUCUUCGACUCGGACAAGAGCCUCAGGCUCGGGGAGUCCUGGUACUCUGGCCAUGGCACUACGCCUUCUCUGACAUCGAUCUUCGAUUCUGCCUACGGAUCCUUCAAAUCCAUGACCCUCAGGAGGUCCGCUGCCCGCAAUCCCCCUCAGCCAGACCCUGUGCCUAUUCCCAACUCGUUGCCAACUCGUGUCUCCCGGCCUAUUCCCACCAUGUCGUCCGUCUUUGGUAAGAAGCAAGAUGACACGGUGGCCAAGAGUUGGAGUGAUAUGUUCGAGGAAGAUGAGGAGGAGUCGGAACGUGAGGCUGAGCUGAAGUCACGACGUGAGCAGAAUUCGCGGAGCUGGAGUCAGGAUAGUCAAAAGCGUCUCCCGGUGCCUCCGGGGGUGCUCACUGAGUCCAAGAGUCGCUCCUCGAGCAAUGCGCGUCGCAGCCGCACACCCAAACCCAUUUCGCCGAUCAAGACGAGCCACGGAACGAACGAGAACGACCCCUUUGGAUGGCGUGCACGAACCCCUCGACAUUCGCCCAAACAGAUUCCUGUGGACAAGUGGGCGGCGUUGGGCGACAAGAGACGAAAUUACCAAGCGGAGUCAGACCCGCAGACUUGGACUUUCAAGAAACGAUCGAUGACGACGGGCUCACGCAGGAAGCCCACGACUGGAUUAGGACAUGAUUCCCACCACCAUCAACAUCCGUGGCAUCGCCGCGACAGCCGACCUAAGGCUCGUCCGGCAUACCUGGAUCAAGAUUGGCGGCAACAACGGGUGACGGAUUCAUCCUCGACAGAUGAGGACGAACUUGAGUGGGUUGGAGGUUGGCACAACUUCCAUUUGUAA